CUCGGCCGCGGCCUCCCCUCCUCGCUCCCACAAGCCCCGCGCCCCCGCGAAGCCUCCGGCGCCGCAUACACCAUGUUCUCCCCGCAGCAGGUCAAGCAGUUCAAGGAGGCGUUCAACAUGAUUGACCAGGACGGUGACGGGCGCGUGUCCGAGGCCGACCUGUGCACGAUGCUAACCGAGCUUGGCCAGACGCCCGCGCCCGACCUCUUGAACACGCUGCUGACCGCGCGGCCCGGGCGCACGACCGGGUCCGCGGAAGGCAUCAACUUCACCCAGUUCCUCGCGAUGAUGGGCGAGCGCUUGCUCCACCUCGACCGCGAGCAUGAUCUGCUCGAGGCGUUUGCGUGCUUCGACGACGGGGACAAGGGGUGGGUCCAGGUCGCGGAGGUGCGCAAGUUCCUCGCUGAGAUGGGCGACCGGAUGAGUGCGGACGAGAUCGACCGCCUCUUCAAUGGCCCGUUCACCGACCGCCAGGGCCGCUUCAACUACAUCGAGUGGGCCAAGGUGCUGCGUGUCAACGACGCCGAGGAAGCGCGCCCUGUCGCUGUCGAGGUCUAG